UGUAGCGCGAAUGUCCGUCUGCUACAUUGAGGAAGUUGAUGGCGUCGUUUUGGUGGGCCUAUCAGAAGAGGAAUCAUUGAAAAAAAAAAGCAGCAAAUGUAUGUAUUUGACUAAUGUAUGACAAGAACAGAAGUGAGCAACAAAACAACAGCGUCUGAGUGCACCCUAGUCAAAGACGUCGUACUCGCUGAGCGAGCAUCAGUAUGCGAACGUAGAAGUGCCCAGGAUGCUUGCGGCCAUUAGACUUAUUCGUGCUGCGGGAAUUUUCGGAGUUGUCAAUUGGGACGAUUCACCUUCACGUUCACGAGAAUGUCCGGUCGGAUUUGUUUGACGGGAUGACGCAAAAAAAGAUAAGCUCAAUUACUUUCUUGAAAAUAAAGCGCUAAUUAGAAUGCUCAGAAGUGCACCGAGACGCUGCAAAUACAGUUCGAUUUCAAAAAAUGCAACGUGUAACUGACCAAGUCUUUAUUUAAAUACACAUGUUGUUUGUAUAUAAUGUCUGGAUAUAUACAUUUUUUUUUCUCCGAAUUGUCCAAGUCGGAGCUCCCGAGUGUAAAAGCUGGCAAAAGAAAAUGGAUGCGCCCACUUCCGUUCAGCCUGAAGUAAAUAAAUAAACGAAAGCUCCAAGGCCCCCCCAACUAACUUCAAUAACAAGGCAAGUUGCAGAAGCUUUUUCAAGCAUAUUAUGGGUGCGAGAUUACAAUUUUAAACCAUGUCAAUGGAUAAAAUGAGACAAUUUCCUAAACAGGUUGUUUAGUAAUAAGCCCACAGAAUGAUAUGGGGGUUUGGCAGUUUGCAGUAUCGGUUACAAUAUAAUAGUGAGCUUCACUUAAAGAAAGGCCUAACAACACGUUUAAAGUCGCACAUUUUCAUCGACAAUUUAUAAAGCUAUAAAAAUUUUGUGCAUAUGUGCUUGCUUAUUUUUCAUAAAUACAUAUGAUUGAAUUAUUUAGGCUUACAUAGUUUUAAAAUAGUAAUUUUUAUUACUGUUAAUUAAAAUUUGUUACAAAAAUAUACUGCCAAGUAUGUGAGAAAUAUUUUAGCAUUAUUAUAUUUUUGCAUGAAUGUUAAAUAGGCUAUAUGCGCAGGGUAGUGCUGACGUACUUCUGGUGAAAUCUCAGCCUGCUCAAUCACUUCCGUUGUCCGUGCUGCAGUUGUGAUUUUUGUUUAGUGGCGAGAAUGUCCGUGAAAAAGAGGUUUAAGUUCCAGCGUGCAGAGGGCUCUACAGCUGAACAUUGUUGUGUACCUUUAUGUUCAGCUUCCAGUAAGUACAACAAGGUCCUUAGUUUUCACACAUUUCCCUCCGAUGCGGAAACCCGAUCUAAAUGGAUCGUCGCUAUCCGGAGAGAGAACUUUACAGUUGGUCGUCAUACCCGAGUUUGUAGCCGGCAUUUUAAAAAAGAGGAUUUACGCGAACCACGGUCUGAGACGGGGCGGAGACUGUUGAAGAAAGGAGCAGUCCCUGCUUUGUUUGAGUGGAACAAUUUCUCCGUUCCACUUUCAAGACCGGGGGUUUGGGAGAGGACAAAGCGACCGACGAAGAAUGAGCCACUGGACCACAAGGAGGAGGAGGAUGACCAAAUCCGCGAGGACCACGACUACACUUCCGCUCCAGAUCCAGCAUUUGACGACCUGCCGCUUGAUGAAAACGUGUCUCUCAGAGAGGAGGUCCUCCAGUUGAAGAAACAAAUCGAGGCGCUUACAACGAAGAAGCGGUUUGGCAUUCACCGUUUUGCUGGCUCUGACAAAGACAUUUGCUUUUUUACAAGAGACUCUGAGGUUAGUGCCUGUGUGGGCAUCGCUCAGGGCAAGUCAGGAGCCAGUCCUGGAGAGGGUGCCAGUCUAGCUUGGAGCACUUCUGUACAUGCAGUCCCAUUCAGUCAUACCAGAAUAAAGGAUGAGGUAAAACCAGCAGUCCAGGAUCCCCUUAAAAUGAGAUUUAAAUUUGGAGAGCAAAGCUUAGCAGGUGUGAGGAAUGACAAGGAAGGGUCGGAUUCCACACUAUUGAGGAGUCUUGUUUUCAAGUACUUUAUGGAGAAAAGAAGUAUAAACAUUAAGGAAGAGGGCUAUAAGUGGGAAUCGGUGCAUCACAAACAGGACAGCGACAUCGUUAAGAAGGAAGAAUAUGAAGAAGUAUUAAUAGACACUGAACAUGAAUAUGAAUUCUCAUCUGAUGGAAUUGACCGGGAUAAGAGUGAAGCUAUAGAUGGUGUCAAGGAAGAAGACAUUCAAUCUGACUUCGCAAACAAAGGACCACACUCGUUACAGACUCCUUCUGGCUAUGUGAAGUCUGAAUCUUUGGAGUUGGAUGUGAAUACGACUGAGAAAGCAUCCUGUCCAAGUCGUAAUGGAGAAGAUUUACAAGAGAGUGGCAGUUCCUCUUCAUGUCCACUGACCCUGCUUGACUGCCGACAAGAACAGAAUGAAAAUACAAGGAUUUUGACAUCAGAGAUGUUGACACCCACCAUUUUGCGGUUUACUUAUUUACCUGCUGGUAAGCUAACAAAGAUAAAUGGAAAGAAUGUGUCUUUGUGCCAAGAGCAGAAGAAUAUGUUCAAGCAGAAAUCCUGCUAUGACAAGUGGAGUCUUAUAAGACAAAGGCCAUACUGCUGUUCUGAAUGUGGCAAACGAUUCUUAAAAAAUAGCCAUCUUCAGAGUCACAUAAGAAUUCACACUGGAGUGAAGCCAUUUUGCUGUUCUGAAUGUGGCAAGCAAUUCUUUAGAAAUAGCAAUCUUCAGAUUCACGCAAGAAUUCACACUGGAGAGAAGCCCUAUGGCUGUUCUGAAUGUGGCAAACGAUUCUCACAAUCAUGUAAUCUUCGUCUCCACCAAAGAUUCCACACUGGAGAGAGGCCGUACUGCUGUUCUGAAUGUUUUAGGCGGUACUUCAGCAGAAGUGAUCUUCUCAAACACUUAAGAGUUCACUCUGGAGAGAAGCCGUAUCGCUGUACUGAAUGUGGCAAACAAUUCUCUCGCAGUAGUUAUCUUCAGAGACACAUAAGAAUUCACACUGGAGAAAAGCCGUAUUGCUGUAGUGAAUGUGGCAAAAGAUUCAACACUGUCAGCGCUUUUAAGGUCCAUAACAGAGUUCAUUCUGGAGAGAAGCCAUACUGUUGUACUGAAUGUGGUAGAACAUUUCGUAACCGUGGCAAUCUGAAGAAACAUACAGUAGUUCACACUGGGGAGAAGGCAUAUUGCUGUAGUGAAUGUGACAAACGAUUCUCACAAUUAGGUCAUCUUCGUCUCCACAGACGAAUCCACACUGGAGAGAGGCCGUACUGUUGUUCUGAAUGUGGCAGACGGUACUUUAGUAGUAAAGAUCUUCAGAAACACUUAAGAGUUCAUUGUGAAGAGAAGCCAUACUGUUGUACUGAAUGUGGCAAGAGAUUUCUUAACAGUACUAAUCUUAAAAACCACAAAAGAAUUCACACUGGAGAGAAGCCAUUUUGCUGUCCUCAAUGUGGUAAACGAUUCUCACAAAUGGGAAAUCUUCAGGUCCAUAGAAAAAUUCACACUGGAGAGAAGUACUGAUGGCUGGACACUUGUAAAACCAAAG